AGUCUUCCGAAAAAUCUUCAUAGUUCCUAUAUAAACUGACCUACACCCCUCAGAAUCAUCAACAGUCUCUCUUUUUCCGAUUUCCUUCUGUUUCCAUAGAGAGAAAAUGAAAGCUCCACUGCUGUUUUUGCUCUUCUUCUUUCUGCAGGUUGCCGUCAACUAUGCAACACCAUUUGAAAUUGAUCGUGCCAGUACAGCCGGAAAGCUGAGCCGACACCGCUUUCCGAAAGGCUUCGUGUUCGGAACGGCCACCGCCGCGUACCAGGUCGAAGGGAUGGCUCAUGGCGACGGCCGUGGCCCUAGCAUCUGGGAUGCCUUUGUUCAAAUCCCUGGAAAUGUAGCAAAUAAUGCUACUGCAGAUGUUUCAACAGACCAGUAUCAUAAGUAUAAGAUUGAUGUCAAUAUUUUGACCAAGCUAAACUUUGAUGCCUAUCGCUUCUCAAUUUCUUGGUCCAGAAUUUUUCCAAAUGGGAAGGGGAAAGUAAACUGGAAGGGAGUUGCAUACUACAAUAGAUUGAUCAAUUACUUAAUCAAAAAAGGCAUUACUCCAUAUGCCACUUUGUAUCAUUGGGAUCUUCCUCUAGCACUAGAGAAGGACUAUGAUAGCUUUUUGAGUAGCAAAGUAGUUGAGGAUUUUGCAAAUUAUGCUGAGUUUUGUUUCAAGACGUUCGGUGAUAGAGUUAAGAAUUGGAUGACAUUUAAUGAACCGAGAGUUGUAGCAUCUCAUGGAUACGAUUCUGGAGAUUUUCCUCCUGCAAGAUGUUCCAAUUGCACGGUUGGAAAUUCGGGAACCGAGCCUUACAUUGUUACCCAUAAUAUAAUUCUAUCUCAUGCUGCUGCAGUUCAAAGAUAUAGAGAGAAAUAUCAGAAAAAACAAGGAGGAAGGAUUGGAAUUGUUCUCGAGUUCAUGUGGUACGAACCACUUACACAUUCUAAGGCUGAUAACCAUGCAGCUCAAAGAGCCAGAGAUUUUCAUGUUGGAUGGUAUAUGCAUCCUCUCGUGUAUGGCGAGUAUCCGAGAUCGAUCCAAGAGCUCGUAGGUGAAAGGUUACCAAAGUUCACUCAAGAGGAUGUCAAAAUAGUUAAAGGCUCAAUAGAUUUCUUGGGAAUGAACCACUACACUACUAACUAUGCUUAUGACAUUCAUCCUUCAAAACCCAAAACAAAUUUGAGCUAUAGAGAUGAUUGGAACGUGGGAACUAGUACCGUGAAGAAUGGAGUUCCUAUCGGUGCAAAUCCUUUUACCAAACGACAUCCUAUUGUCCCUUGGGGAAUGCGUAAAGCUUUGAUGUAUAUGAAGGAAACCUAUGGAAAUCCUACCAUCAUUGUGACAGAAAAUGGCAUGGACGACCCAGGAAGUGAAACAUUGCGUGAAGGAGUUUAUGAUUCUACUAGAGUUCGGUUCUACAAGAGUUAUUUGGCGCAAGUGAAGAAGGCAAUUGAUGAAGGAGCUAAUGUGAAAGGCUAUUUUGCUUGGUCGUUGCUGGACAAUUUUGAAUGGACAAUGGGUUACACUUCAAGAUAUGGAAUUGUGUAUGUGGAUUACAACACCCUCAAGAGAUAUCCAAAGAAGUCGGCUUAUUGGUUCAAAACUUUUCUUAAGAGAAAGAAGAAUAGAGUUUAGAUACUUAAUUUCUACUUUGAUAAGAUAGAUUUUAUGAGCUCAAAAUGAAACUGAUUGUUUCAAAUUUUCUAUCUUCUGUUUAUUUAUUGUCUUUUUUAUU